AUGUCAGACUCAGCCCCAGCUGGCCCGAAGCCGAGCAGCAGUGUCAAGCUCGUGCUACUCGGCGAGGCGGCUGUCGGAAAGUCGUCGCUGGUUCUGCGAUUUGUGAACAAUGACUUUCAGGAGAACAAGGAACCUACAAUCGGCGCCGCUUUCCUGACUCAAAAAUGCUCGCUACCGACACGAACAAUCAAAUUCGAAAUCUGGGAUACCGCGGGACAAGAACGGUUUGCCUCGCUGGCGCCAAUGUACUACCGAAACGCCCAGGCCGCUCUCGUUGUAUAUGACUUGACAAAGCCCUCGUCACUGGUGAAAGCAAAGCACUGGGUCGCCGAGCUCCAACGCCAAGCCAGCCCCGGCAUCGUCAUCGCGCUCGUGGGAAACAAACUCGAUCUCACCAGCUCCGGGGGCGGCGACGGCGACGAGGCAGCGACCGCAACGUCUGCUGCUGACACAGCUGACAACGGCGCGCCGGGCCCAGACGCAGACGCAGACGACGAAACAGGCGGUGGCGAGAAUAAUGAUGUCGACGACGGCGAGGACAAUGACAAUGCGACGUCGGAUGCGCGCAAGAUCUCGACCCGCGAAGCCAGCACGUACGCAGACGAAGAAGGGCUCUUGUUCUUCGAGACCAGUGCCAAAACGGGAUUCAACGUCUCAGAAGUGUUUACAGCGAUCGCCAAUGCGAUCCCCGAAACAAAUCUCAAGGGCGCAAAGACGGGUCCGGGAGCUGGUGGCCAGACGUCUCUUGGGCCAGGCAGGUCGGGAGACGAUUCCCGAGUCAACCUCGGCGACCGCAGCGCUGCGGGGGCCAAGGAAGGAUGCGCGUGUUGA